AUGUAUAGAGGUAUAAUUGGUCCACUCUUUUAUCUCAUAGCUAGUAGACCUGAUAUCUUAUUCAGUUUGAGAUUAUGUGCAAGAUUCCGAUACAGUCCAAAAGAAUCUCAUCUGAAAGCUGCCAGGAGGAUUCUAAGGUAUCUCAAAGGAACACACGACCUGAUUCUUUACUAUCCUUUAGGAGACAAUUUCGACUUAAUUGGGUGUGCUGAUAUUGAUUAUGCUGGUUAUCUAGUAGAUAAAAAGAGCACUUCUGUCAUAACACAUUUUCUGGGGUCCUGUAAAAACUCAUGUCAACUACAGAGCAAACAAGCAGCUAAUAACGUUGCAUCUUGUGAGAAAGAUUUUGAUAACGUGACUGUGGCUAGUUUCAUCGCUGCUAGAAGUGGUAUGGCAGCUCUCAAGGAACCCACUCUUAAAAGACCCAGUACUAGGGGGCAAAAGAAAGAAGCUUUUGAGAGUUCUCUAAAGAGAAAGAAAGAGGAAAACAAAAGAAUGAGGCUGAUGAAAGGGGGGAAAACUGGUGAAUGA